AUGAAGUCCCAGUGGACGUUUUUGCUCCUGCCUUCUUGUUUAUUGCUGGCCAUCGGCUUCAAUUUGGAAGUUAAAUAUCAUCCUGAAACAGAUGCAGUCAACUACAGGGAUCCAUGCAAGGCAGUGGCAUUUGUGGGAGACAUCGCUCUGGACAAGGAUGACCUACGCUUCUUUAGACGAGACUGGACUGGGAAAGACUCUCCACAAACCACCUCACGCUCUAAUAACACUGUCUCAGCCAACAGAAAUGGAGAAACAGAAGCUGCAUCCAAUCGGAGCCAACAGAACAGUGAAUUUUGGGACAGGGUGAAGAUUUCUCGUAGAAAGAGAGCUGCUACUGCGAAGACUGAGAGAAUUUGGCCCGAUGGUGUCAUUCCUUACGUCAUCAGUGCCAAUUUCAGUGGCAGUCAGAGAGCCAUCUUUAAACAGGCCAUGCGGCACUGGGAGAGACACGUCUGUGUAACCUUCAUAGAAAGAACGUCUGAGGAGAGCUACAUCAUCUUCACGUACCGACCAUGUGGAUGUUGUUCUUAUGUAGGUCGGAGGGGUGAUGGACCUCAGGCUAUCUCCAUUGGCAAGAACUGUGAUAAAUUCGGCAUUGUGGUUCACGAGCUGGGUCAUGUGAUCGGCUUCUGGCAUGAACACACACGGCCUGAUCGAGACACGCACGUCAGCAUUAUUAGAGAGAACAUCCAGCCAGGCCAGGAGUAUAAUUUCCUGAAGAUGGAGCUGGAUGAAGUGAACUCAUUAGGAGAGACGUACGACUUCGACAGCAUCAUGCACUACUCCACAAACACAUUCUCUAGAAGUGUCCUCCUUGAUACAAUUCUGCCUCGGUAUGAUGUGAAUGGAAUCAGACCCCCUAUUGGUCAGAGGAUGAAACUGAGCAAAGGAGACAUCACUCAAGCAAGAAAGCUCUACAAAUGUCCCAAGUGUGGCGAGAAUCUGCAGGAAAGCUCUGGGAAUUUCUCUUCUCUUGGAUACCCUGAUGGAUAUUCUGCUUACACGCACUGUGUAUGGAGCAUCUCUGUUACACCUGGAGAAAAGAUCAUCCUUAACUUCACCUCCAUGAAUCUCUACCAAAGCCAUCUUUGCCGGUAUGAUUAUGUGGAGGUGCGAGAUGGAUACUGGAGGAAAUCUCCUUUAAUAGGCCGUUUUUGCGGAGAUAAGGUUCCGGAGUCUCUUGUUUCCGCCAACAGUCGUUUGUGGAUUGAGUUUCGCAGCAGCAGCAACUGGGUCGGAAAAGGAUUCUCUGCCACGUAUGAAGCAAUGUGUGGUGGGGAAAUGGAGACUGACAGUGGACAGAUUCAGUCACCUAACUACCCUGAGGACUAUCAGCCCAGUAAAGUUUGUGUGUGGAAGAUGACAGUGACUGAAGGGUUUCAAGUGGCACUUUCCUUCCUGGCAUUUGAGUUGGAGAGACAUGACAGGUGUGCGUAUGAUUACGUGGAGGUUCGUGAUGGUAGCUCAGAGAGUGAUCCGCUCCUUGGACGAUUCUGUGGGAGCCAAAAUCCCCAAGACAUCAAAAGCAGCUCCAACCAACUCUGGAUGAAGUUUGUCUCGGAUGGUUCUGUUAAUAGAGCUGGAUUUGCUGCAAACUUCUUUAAAGAGAUGGAUGAAUGUUCCAGACCUGAUAAAGGACAGUGCAUUCAGAGGUGUAUUAAUACACUGGGUAGCUAUCGGUGUGCAUGUGACCCCGGAUACGAACUUACCACGGACCGACGCAGCUGUGAGGCAGCUGCGUGUGGAGGUUUCUUCACUGCAUUAAAUGGCUCCGUGUUCAGUCCUGGCUGGCCUCAUGAAUACCCACCUAAUAAACACUGUGUGUGGCAGCUCAUCGCUCCUCAACAUUACACCAUCACACUGCUGUUCCACAGCUUCGACACAGAGGGCAAUGAUGUGUGUAAAUAUGAUUAUGUGGAAGUUCGCAGUGAAUCCAGGUUCCAUGGGAGAUUCUGCGGAGCUGCAAUUCCAGAACCAAUCACCUCCGACUCCAACAUCCUGCACAUGGAGUUCAAAUCUGACAGUACCGUGUCCCGUAGGGGCUUCAAAGCGACCUUCUUCUCCGACGUGGACGAGUGCUCGCGUCAGAAUGGCGGGUGCCAGCAUGAGUGUAUCAACACAUUUGGAAGCUACAGCUGUCAGUGCUACAGCGGAUUCACCUUACACGCCAACAUGCAUGACUGCAAGGAAGCUGAUUGUGACCAUGUGAUCACCAGCAUUCCUGUAUCCAUUCUGAGUCCCAACUGGCCAGAUAAAUAUCCCAAUAAGAAGGUGUGUACUUGGGCCCUAACCACUACACCAGGUCAUCGAAUCAAACUAGCCUUUAAUGAGAUCGACAUGGAGAGCCAACUUGAAUGUUCCUACGAUCAUCUGGAUGUUUAUAAUGGCCCCAACAAUGCAUCACCAAGUUUGGGACGCUUUUGUGGAAGUAAAGAACCACCACCUGUUAUUUCCAGCACCAACAAGAUGUUUCUACAAUUUUUCUCUGAUAAUUCCGUGCAGAAACGGGGUUUUGAGGCUUCUUUUACAACAGAGUGUGGUGGAGCUCUGAAGGCUGAGGUGGAACCUGGAGAUCUGUACUCUCAUGCUCAGUUUGGUGAUAAUAAUUACAGCGCAGCCGAGGAGUGUGAGUGGGUAAUUUCAGCUGAAAAAGGAUUUGGAGUUAAGCUCAUCUUCAACAUCUUUGAUCUGGAGAAUGAGGCAGAGUGCACAUAUGAUUACUUGGAGCUGUUUGAUGGAACUGACACUAAAGCACCACGCCUUGGGCGAUACUGUGGAUCCGGGCCUCCAGAUGAAAUUUACUCAGCCGGGGAUGCCAUUGUCCUCAAAUUCCACACAGAUGAUACAAUCAGUAAAAAAGGAUUUCACAUCCAAUACACCAGCACCAAAUUUCAAGACACAUUUCACUCCAGUAAAUGACUCGGGAUAGCUUUCUGGGGCUUUUUCCUCCCAUGAACCGGCUGGCGAUAAACUUUAGUCAGGUUUUUUUUUUCCUCCUCUAUGGAAAUCUUCCUUCAUACCUGACCAAGUGACCAAAUCUGAAUCAGGAUGUUUUAUUUGCCAACAAGAAGGUGUACAAAUAAGUUUUUUGUAAAGUUGUCAUCAAACAUUUUUAAAAAUCUGAUCUCAGUAAAUGAGAAUGUGUCACAAAAGGAUUAGUUAAAAAUUAGGUACCUGAAUCAGCAGGACAUGUUUAAUAAGUGAUUUAAGCUUAUAGUCUCCAAACUGCAUACCGGAACCAUUACACACUUGUGUCAAACUGUUGUGUCAUGAUGAUCAGUGUCUUAAACAGAAUUUCAGACACUGUGUGACAGUGUUAUCUAUAGAUAAAAGGACAAAAGUAUGACACGGAGCUCAAAACAAUCAUAUUGUUCAUCUUGUUCUUCCUCAGCACAUAGCUUAGUGUCACUCAGCACCAAUAUCAGAUUCAGGUAGCAGACAGAUGCUAACAUACAGCAUUUUGAUCAUUUGAUUUGUGUAUUAAAAGUAUAAUUUGAAUAAAUUUUGCUGCUGAACAGUUACAGUACCUGAGCCAAACAAUGCCUUUUUGAGCCAAAAAAUGUCACAUGCCAAAAAACAAAAACCUCAUUUCAGGUACCAGACGUAUCUUAGUUCAGUACAGCCUCUGUUGCCCCAGUACUUUUUUAUUCGUCUAUUUAUGUGCCCUUUGGCUCUUGUAGAAAGACUUAUAGGAAAAUAA